AUGGACGCCGGCGACCCGAUCAUCGAAGCGGAGGUGGCAUUGGAUGCGGAAGCUCUGGCACGGGAACAGCAGAAUAGAAAGCACAAACGGGGCGAACAGGCGGCGCAAGCAGCAAAAGGAGGCAUCACGACACACUCGUAUGCAGAGGUCGAGGAGCGCCAUGAGGCUGACGAGGAAUCGCCGUUGCUCAGGAGGAGAGAAGAUGGAGAAGACGAUGAGGAGGUCGACCGACGACCGUCAUGGCCGGGGAGCAUAGAUUUCCAACACUUGCCGUGGUAUAAACGGCCGUCGAUCUUCUGGGUCAUCGGUCCCUUCUUCGUCAUGGCAUGCGCCUUUGGAGGUAUCAUCACACCGAAGCUGAACCUCAUACUGGAGCUGAUAUGCCGGGAAUACAUCAGCGAGAGAAUGAUGCACCAUCCGGGCUUCACGAGGGUGCCAGUAGACUUCAACGACGGCGACAAUCUGCAAUGUCGCAUACCCGAAGUGCAGUCGAGAGUUGCUCAGUUCACCCUCUGGGGCAACUUGCUCUCGGGCAUCCUUGCGGCCUUCACCAGCCCCAAGUUGGGUGCUCUUUCGGAUCGAUAUGGCAGGAAACCGAUUCUCAUCAUCACCAGCAUCGGGACAGUCCUGGGUGAAAUUGUCACAAUCGCCGCAGCGAAAUACCCCGCCACCUUCCCUGUAUAUCUGCUUCUCCUGAGCUACGCGCUGGAUGGCUUGACCGGAUCUUUCAUUCUGGCCAUGUCCAUAUCGAACGCUUACGCCACUGACUGCACGCCGCCAAAUCGACGCAAUGUCGCUUUUGGAUACUUCCACGCUUCGCUUUUCACCGGCAUAGCAUUGGGUCCCAUUCUGGCCGGGUACAUCGUCAAGUGGACUGGCCAAAUCGUGGCUGUCUUUUAUAUCUUGACUUCCGUUCACAUAGGCUUCAUUCUUUUCGUCGCUCUCGUUGUACCUGAAUCGCUUUCGGAGAAGCGACAGGUGGUUGCGCGAGAGAGUCACAAGGACGUAUUAUCGAAGAGGGACCCGGAUAGGGAUCCGAAGUGGGACUGGAUCAAUCAGCUUCGCGCAUUGAAUGUCUUGGAACCGCUGAAGAUCUUGCACCCCACAGGACCUGGAUCUAGCCCGGCCCUAAGAAGGAACUUGCUCGUGCUCGCCGCCGUCGACACGAUUGUGUUCGGAGUUGCUAUGGGCAGCAUGACGGUCAUUGUGAUUUAUAUGAACAUCCAAUUUGGCUGGAGGACAUUCGAGUCUGGCCGAUACCUGACGAUCGUUAAUAGUUGUCGGGUGAUAUGCUUGCUGGUGCUUUUGCCGGCACUUACACGAAUCUUCAGAGGCAAGCCCGACUCCAAGAAGACGAAGCACCAGGGUUCAGACCGAUUUGACCUGGUUGUGCUCCGAGUUGCCAUUUGCUUUGACAUACUGGGCUUCUUGGGAUUUACGCUUGCCCGGACUGGCCCACCAUUCAUUCUGUCUGGCGUGAUUGCCUCGAUUGGUGGCAUUGGCUCCCCGACCCUGCAGUCCUCGCUCACCAAGCACGUGCCAGCAGAACGAACUGGUCAGCUUCUUGGAGCGAUGGGUCUUUUGCAUGCUCUCGCCCGAGUGGUAGCGCCUGCAGUUUUCAACGCCAUCUACUCCGCAACCGUGGGGUCAUUCAGACAAACUGUUUUCGUAUGUUUAUGUUCGACUUUCGGACUAGCGUUCUUGGUGUCGUUGUUUCUUCGGCCACAUGGUAAGUUGCUAGCCUCGACACCAUCGAUCGUGUAUGUGCUGACUUGUGAUAGUGUACUAUGAUGAAGAUGAAGCAGCUCGGACGAGAGAGAAUCCGCCUACGGCAGAGCAGUCGAACAGUGAAGAGCAUCGCUUGCCGAUUGUCAGUGCGGUAUCCGCUGCGUUCCGCGCUGUCCUUGACAAGAUCCUAGCCGUAUUUGCCCGCUAA